AUGCCGCUCGGAGGUGCAGCCCCACCGGCCCUCGCGGAGGCGCUGGCGAGCCCGGACGCACCGCCAAACGCUGCCUCCUCGGCAGAGGCCACCGUGGCCGCGCCCCAGGGCGCGGGCAGCCGUCGCACGGCCGAGGGCGAAGCCGACGACCCGGUCGGCAGGCCCGCGCCGACAGCGCAGCGGGAGGGGUCCACGGCGCAGCUGCGCGAGCGGCCGCGGGCGCCGCUGCGGGAGCCGCGGCGGCGGGGCCGGCAGCUCGCGGAGGCGCUCGCCCGCCUGGCCGCAGGCCCGCCAGGCCUGCAGCGGCAGGCAGACGCAGCCUUGGCCGCGACGGGCCCAUCUCGGGAGCAGUGGCUGGAGGCCUGGGCCAGUGUGGGCCAGGAGCGGCUGGACGCGGCGGUGGCGGCCUGCGUGGGCGGGCCGGCCAGCCCGGCGGUCCGGCUCGAGGAGGAGUCCAGGCGCCAAGCCACGCGCCCCUCGACGUCCAUCGAGGUGGUUCACUUCCACCUGCUCGAGGCCCUGGUCGAGGCCCUCCGCGAGCCGCAGGGCACCGCCGAGAGCCUGGGGUUGAAGCAGGACUGUUUGGGUGCACCUCUCCUGGGCACCGGCUCCUAUGCGAAGGAUGCAGCCACUGGAAUGGGCUUCGACGCGAUCGGCAUCAAGCCUGUGGACCCGACAGUGGUCCGCGAGAGGCCAGAGAGGUUUUGCGCUGAGGCGAGCACCGUGGAAGCUUCGAGGGAGGAGACGAGGCUGAAGGACACCGAGAAGAAUGAGAAGGAGCAAACGAUAGAGGGCGACCUGGCCGUCAUCAAGUCGAUUCUCGAAGACCUCAUCCUGGAGAAGAGCCUGGAGGAGUAUGGCCUGCCCACCAACGACCUGCUCGAUGACCUCGGUCAGGCUGGCGCCACGAUCGUACAGGAAGCUCGCUCCAGUUUGGCCCGUGCGAUGGCAACGCUGCAUAGGCCCACGCCCGUAGCGGGGGCUUCUCCGACUGAUUUGAUGACAUCGCAUGCUGUGGCGGAGACCAGCUCUGACGCAGGUCCGACAUGGGGGUCUACUCUGCACUCGGAGGAUAGGUGCCGCCCCUGCUUGUUCGUGAAGCGCGGCUGCAGAAAUAGUAACUCUUGCCCGUUUUGUCACAUUUGCACUCCAGCCGAGAAGCGGCGGGUUUCUGAGAACAAGGUAAAGCACUUCUCAUGGAGAUGCCUCCGCAAAGCCACCGCCGCGGCGAGGGCGAGAGCGCGCGGCUAA